UGUUUUGUUGUGUGUGAAAGUGAAAAUGUACAAGACAAAGUUACAAGAGCUGUGCCAUAAGAGAAAAUGGGGUUUGCCAAGUUACUCUGCCAUGAAAGAUGGUCCAGAUCAUAUACCAAGCUUUAAGGCUUCUGUUCAUGUCCAUGGUGUCAUCUUCACUUCUUCUAGUGCCUCUAGUUCCCUUAAAGAAGCUAAAAACCAAGCUGCCAUGGUUGCUUUCCUCAGCCUCUCUUCUGGAUCUUCAACACAAAUUUCUGAUAGCGGUACACAAGAGCAAAUUAGGGCAGUGAAACCUAAGGACAGUUCAAUUCCAGCACAAUCUUCAGUUAUUAGAAAUGUGAAAAUGUACAAGACAAAGUUACAAGAGCUGUGCCACAAGAGAAAAUGGGGUUUGCCAAGGUACUCUGGCAUGAAAAGUGGUCCAGAUCAUAUACCUAGCUUUAAGGCUAAUGUUCAUGUCAAUGGUGUCAUCUUCACUUCAUCCAGUGCCUCUAGUUCCAUUAAAGAAGCUGAAAACAAAGCUGCCAUGGUUGCUCUCCUCAGCUUCUGUUCUGGAUCUCCAAGACAAACUUCUAAAGACGAUACAAAAGAGCAAAUUAGAGCGGUGAAACCUCAGCAAAGUUCAACUCCAGCACAAUUUUCAGUUAUUAUAGAUGAACAAUGCUCGAGUGUGAACAAUCUUCAUCCACCUGUGUUUGCAUGUAAAACUGAGGAUCUGCCUCCAGCAAAUGACUAUAAGGCCACAGUGCUAGUUGAUGGGCAUUCUACUGAAAGUCCUUCAUUUACCAACACUAUAAAAGAGACAGAGCGAGCUUCUGAUUCAAUUUUAUUAUCACCUGACAUAUUUCAGAUGGGUGACUCUGAUUCAUUCAAGACUUCACUAAUGAAAUUAACUGAGAGAGAAGGCUUUCACAAACCAACAUAUAAAACUAUGCAGGCUGGUUCUCCCUACAGGCCAACUUUCUUCUCUACCUUGGAAGUAGAGGGUGAGGAAUUUCAUGGAAAGGGAUGUAGAUUCAAGAAAGAGGCAGAAGAGGAUGCUGCAAAGAUUGCUUACAUUGCCUUAAAAAAGUUGAUGUGUGAUCAACAUGAUUUUGCUAAGAAUAUUGUGCAGCGAAAGAGAAGUCCAAGGUCACUUCAUCGUACAAACGGUAAUGAUGCUGAUGCUCCUCCCGGUUUUCCUCCGAAACCUGGUGGCACUGUGUAUACUGAAAAAUCUAGUGAUUAUGCUUCAAAUGCUAGGAAAGGUAACAGUGAUGCUAAUGUGCCUUCUGAUUUUCUUGUUAAACGCUUGAAAACUGUUCCUUCUGGAAUUUAUGCUCAAGAUGGUUUCAAAGAUAAUGAAGAUAUUGAUGCUGAAGUUCCAGCAAGAUGUAAAAAUUUGUUCAACCAGACUUCUUCAGCAUGUACUGUUGAUUACGAAAAUGCUAAAAGAAUGUCACCACAGGAAAAACUGGUUGGGAAAGAUACUGUUGAACCAUUGAUUUUGAAGGAAGAGGUUGAAGAUGCAAAUGGGAGCAAAGAAGCAACGCUGUCUAUUGAGGGAGUGACCCUAUCUGGGGCUCAAGGUGAAAGCUAUAAUUGUGUAUCUGGAAUGAAUGUAAUAGAUCAACAUGAUUUUGCCAAGAAUAUUGUGCAGCGAAAGAGAAGUCCAAGGUCACUUCAUCGUACAAAUGGUAAUGAUGCUGAUGUUCCUCCCGGUUUUCCUCCGAAACUUGGUGGCACUGUGUAUACUGAAAAAUCUAGUGAUGAUGCUUUAAAUGCUAGGAAAGGUAACAGUGAUGCUAAUGUGCCUUCUGAAUUUCUUGUUAAACGCUUGAAAACUGUUCCUUCUGGAAAUUAUGCUCAAGAUGGUUUCAAAGAUCAGGAAAAUAUCAAUGCUGAAGUUCCGGCAAGAUGUAAAUAUUUGUCCAACCAGAGUUCUUCAGCCUCUACUAUAGAUUACAAAAAUGCUAAAAGAAUGUCACCACAGGCAAAACUGGUUGGGAAAGAUAGUGUUGAACCAUUGAUUUUGAAGGAAGAGGUUGAAGAUGCAAAUUGGAGCAUAGAAGCAAGGCUGUCUACUGAGGGAGUGAGCCUAUCUGGGGCUCAAGGUGAAAGCUAUAAUUGUGUAUCUGGAAUGAAUGUAAUCGAUCUUGAACAGAGAAUCAAAAAACUGGAGACAGUGAUUGAAAAAUUAAAGAUAACAAAACUUGGUCACUGUUGAAAAAAUUAUUAGCUUAUCAAACCAAAACCUUACUACUUGUUAACAUGUAUUUCCUUUUAUAUAUACUUGCAGAAUUACAUGACAUGAAUUUUUG